AUGACUGGUGGCAGCUUCGCAGGGAGAGCAGAUACUGCCAAUGAACAUGGUGCUGUGGGUGAUGAGAAUGUGGAACGGGGUAACUGGUCUUCGAAGACUGAUUACCUGCUCUCAAUGAUUGGUAAUGCAGUGGGUUUUGGGAAUGUUUGGAGAUUUCCUUACCUGGCUUACAAAAACGGAGGAGGUGCAUUCCUUAUUCCCUAUUCUGUCAUGCUGGCCCUUGUUGGGAUACCAUUGUUUUUCUUGGAGUGUUCCUUUGGUCAGUUUGCCAGCCUUGGGCCUGUUGCAGUCUGGAGGGCUGUGCCUAUGUUACAAGGUGUGCGGAUUGCUAUGAUGCUUCUGAUUACAAUGUCCAACAUUUUGUACAACUGCAUCGUUGGCUACAGUCUAUACUACCUGUUUGCUUCCUUCCAAUCACCCCUACCACUGCAGGAAAACAAUGGAUCUUGUCCAAAUGGAUCAGAAAUCUCCAAUCCUCACCAGGGCCCGAGUGAGCAAUACUGGGAUAAAGCAGUUUUACGCCGUUCCAGUUCAAUGGAUGAGACUGGGGAGGUAAUCUGGUAUUUAGCCCUCUGUCUGCUUCUUGCCUGGCUAAUAGUUGGGGCAGCAUUAUCAAAAGGAAUCAAAUCUUCAGGAAAGGUGGUUUAUUUCACUGCGACAUUCCCUUACGUGGUUCUGACCAUACUCCUGAUCCGAGGGGUUACCCUGGAGGGAGCUUCUAAAGGAAUUGAAUUCUACAUCGAAAGCCAGUCAGACUUCUCCAGACUGGCUGAUGCUGAGGUCUGGAAAGAUGCUGCGACUCAAAUUUUCUUUUCUAUCUCAGUGGGUUGGGGCACUUUAGGAGCAUUGUCGUCUUACAACAAGUUCCACAAUAACUGCUACAGAGAUACCAUCAUUGUCUGUGUUGUUGAUUGUGCUACGAGUGUGUUUGCUGGAUUUGUCAUCUUCUCCAUCCUGGGACACAUGGCUCACAUACAAGAUAAGCCCGUUUCAGAGGUUGCCCAGUCAGGUUUCGGUUUGGUCUUCAUUGCCUACCCAGAGGCCCUUGCACAGUUACCGUGGGCACCAUUAUGGUCUGUUUCAUUUUCCUUCAUGCUGCUCACUCUGGGAGUUGACACACAGUUUGCAGGUUUAGAUAAAGGAUUCUCUCAGGUGACAAAGCAUGCUAACCCCUUGGCUGCAAAGCAGACUCAGGCAAAUGUCAGCAGUGAGAAUGGUUCCAAACUGGAUGAAACCUACAGUGAACUAAAAGAUACAGUGGUGUGGGGACAUUACAGAUAA